UCUUAAUUUAUCCACCAUCUUUGGUCUGACGGCCAUUUGCGGAUGUAAACACAAUUUCCCCAGUUCCACAUGCGUGCGAGAUCGGGAUGGCGUCAAAGUUCGAACGUUUUGCCUCUUCAGGGAAAGGGAAUGGUUUACGAGCAACACACGAAAUACACGCAGGUGAACUCCUGUAUACGGCGGAACCUCUAGCAUACUGCGUGUCCAACACAUGCGCUAAAUACUUCUGUCACAGCUGCUUCUCACGGCGUGAAACCCUCCUGAGAUGUUCUCAGUGUAAGGUAGCGCGGUAUUGUGACGUCACCUGCCAGAAACAGGCAUGGUCGGACCAUAAGAGGGAGUGUAAAUGUCUCCGCAGCCUCCAUCCCAGAAUCCCCACUGACUCUGUCCGUCUGGCAGCCAGGAUCAUCUUUAGAUUGUUGAGUCCAUCGCAGACUUCUCCAGGGCUGUGUUCUUUAGAGGAGCAUGAGUCACACCUGUGUGAUAUGGGAGAGGAGAGGAGGGAGGGUCUGUCUCAGCUGAGCUCCAUGCUCCAGCUCUACAUCCAACAGGAAGUCCCCAACAUCAUGCAGGAACUACCCGCCGUGGACCCCCUCAGCCUGCUGGCCAAGCUAACAUGUAAUUGUUUCACCAUCAGCGACGGGGAGCUACAAGAGAUCGGAGUGGGACUCUACCCCAGUAUGUCGUUGCUGAACCAUGACUGCAGGCCCAGCUGUAUGAUGAUGUUUGAGGGAGAAACACUCCACCUCCGAGCCGCCAGAGACAUGCGACCUGCUGAGGAGUUGACUAUUAGUUACAUUGGUUCGUUGGCUCCUACCAGAGACAGACAGACUCAGCUAGAGGAGCAGUACCAUUUCACCUGCCAGUGUCAACGAUGCACCACUGCAGACAUGGACCCUAUGAUGCUGUGUGGGGAGGAGGAGGCCUGGACCCCCCUGAGAGAAGCCAUCCCCAGGUUGGAGAACCUACAGACACAUGGUGACUGGGAAGAGCUCUUACAAGAGUGUAGUUCUCUGCUGGCUCCAAUGGGUGGCGCUGUCCCCGCAGUCCCUGAUGGUAAUGUGUACCGUCUCAGGGUGACUGACUUAGCCCUGGACGCCUGCAUCAACCUGGCCCAAUGGGACAGAGCACUGGCCUAUGGUACCAUCACCCUGGAGCCUUACAGCUGUUUAACUACGCCGGGAUACAUCAUCAUCAUCAUCAUCAUCUGAUCCAGGAAGGAAUUUUCUGAAUGUCAGCCAAGUGACGAACAGCUGUUGUGAUGGCGCAUGCAAUGCAACAACAGCCAAAGUGCUGGGGGACAAAUGUGUUUGCGAGGAAUGUCCAGAAUGUCUCAUUCGUUACCAGUGAAGACCGUUGUACCUGGAUCCACGUUGGAUCUAAUAUCCCUAUAGCGAACUGGUGUUGAUCGUCUGUUGUUGUCUGCUUGAUUUACAGCAGGGCCUCGUUAGAUUUAGCAGAGAACGUUUUACAGUAAGGAGUUCCUUGUUUUCAUAUGUUGACAAAUACAUUUUGUAUCCUAUGUUACAACUGCAAUUUUAAACAACACAAGGGGCUUUGAGGUAGCCUACAUUAACUUUGAAUUUGGAGCUCAGAAAUUCAAGUACUGGAAUAGGCCGACCUUGAAAAUCAGACAUUUCCUUAAAAAGUGCUUAAAAAGUCAUUGUUAUUAUUAUAGCUUAUUUAUAAGUUCGACCUGCUCCCUUAAAAUUCUCAGUGAUUACAUUUUUGAUCAGAGGCCUCCUGUUCAUUUCCCACCACUUCUAUUGAAGGGUGUUGCGCUAGCUACUAUGUUGUGUUAAAACCAUGUGCGGUUAUUUGCGAUGACAACAUCUAAUGUUGACUUCCCCUUGGCUUUCCAUACAAAUUCCUUCCAUUAAAAAAGGAACCUGGUUUUUGGUCACUUUCUUAUGAUAAAAACAGCGAUGGUGAGAUGAAUGCUACAACUAUUCAUGGCUUUAUUACGUGUGCCUACGUCAGCCGCAUAGGCUACAGAACAAUGUAUCCAAUCUAUUUAGUUAAGCAAUGUCCACAAUAUUUUCA